AUGGCUCCCAGGGACACCUUCUUCCGCUCGGCGGAUAUGAGCUUGACGCAGCUCUAUAUCUCGAAUGAGAUUGGGAGAGAGGUUGUUAGUGCGCUUGGUGAGCUUGGACAGGUGCAGUUUCGUGAUCUGAACCCCGAGACCAAUGCGUUCCAGCGCACGUUUACGAAGGAGAUUCGGCGGUUGGAUAAUGUUGAGAGGCAAUUGCGCUACUUCCACACCCAGAUGGAAAAGGCCGAUAUCACGAUGCGCUCGUCCAACGAAUUCUCCGACACCCUAGCCGCCCCUCUAGCCUCCGAGAUUGACGAACUCGCCGAACGAAGCGAGAGCCUCGAGCAGCGAAUCGCCUCCUUGAACGAUAGCUACGAGACGCUGAAGAAACGCGAAGUCGAACUGUCCGAAUGGCGCUGGGUUCUCCGGGAGACUGGUGGAUUCUUCGACCGCGCGCACACCCAUACGGAGGAUAUUCGUCAGUCGUUUGAUAAUGAUGAGGCGCCGUUGCUGCGAGAUGUGGAGCAGCAGCCGCAGCGCGGUGUUAAUGGUGAUGCCGGGCAGCAGCAGAGCUUUCUGGAGAUGAAUAUUGGGUUUGUGGCGGGUGUUAUUCCGCGGGAUCGGAUUGGGGCGUUUGAGAGGAUUCUGUGGCGGACGUUGCGUGGUAACCUUUAUAUGAAUCAGUCGGAGAUUCCGGAGCCGGUUGUUGAUCCGACUACGAAUGAAGAGACGAGGAAGAAUGUGUUUGUGAUCUUUGCGCAUGGCAAGCAUAUUAUUACGAAGAUCCGGAAGAUUUCGGAGUCGUUGGGUGCGUCGUUGUAUGGGGUUGAUGAGAAUAGCGAAUUGCGGAGGGAUCAGAUUCACGAGGUAAACACGCGGUUGGGGGAUGUUGGGAAUGUGCUGCGGAACACGAAGAACACGCUUGAUGCGGAGUUGAGGCAGAUUGCUCGGUCGUUGGCUGCUUGGAUGAUUAUCGUCAAGAAGGAGAAGGCUGUUUAUGACACGCUGAAUCGGUUCUCUUACGACCAGGCGAGGAAGACGCUUAUUGCUGAGGCGUGGUGUCCUACCAACUCGCUGGGAUUGAUCAAGGCAACUCUGCAGGAUGUCAAUGAUCGUGCUGGUCUUACUGUGCCGACGAUUAUCAACCAGAUUCGGACGAACAAAACUCCUCCGACUUACAUGCGGACGAACAAGUUUACUGAGGGUUUCCAGACGAUUGUCAACGCGUAUGGUAUCCCCAAGUACUCUGAAGUCAACCCUGCGUUGUAUACUGUGGUUACCUUCCCGUUUAUGUUUGCUGUCAUGUUUGGUGACUUGGGUCAUGGUUUGUUGAUGACGCUUGCUGCAGCUGCUAUGAUUCUGUGGGAGCAGAAGUUGCUGAAGACCAAGCUCGAUGAACUGUCUUACAUGGCUUUCUAUGGUCGUUACAUCAUGUUGAUGAUGGGUCUGUUCUCAAUGUACACCGGUUUCCUUUACAACGAUAUCUUCUCCAAGGCGUUCACCUUCUUCCCCAGUCAGUGGCAGUGGCCUGAUGACAUCCAGCGGGGUCAGUCUGUCGAGGCAACCCUGAAGGAUGGAUACCGGUUCCCGAUUGGAUUGGACUGGAACUGGCACGAGGCUGAGAAUUCGUUGCUGUUCUCCAACAGUAUGAAGAUGAAGAUGAGUAUUGUGCUGGGUUGGGCGCAUAUGACUUACGCUCUUUUCUUGCAAUACGUCAACGCGCGCCAUUUCAAGUCCAAGGUUGAUAUUAUCGGUAACUUCAUUCCGGGAUUCAUCUUCUUCCAGUCGAUCUUUGGAUACCUUGUCUUGACUAUUGUUUACAAGUGGUCUGUUGACUGGGCGGCUAAGGGGCAGUCGCCUCCUGGUUUGCUGAACAUGUUGAUCUUCAUGUUCCUGUCCCCCGGCACGGUUGAGGAGCCGCUGUACCCAGGCCAGUCCGGCGUACAACUCUCCCUGCUGCUGCUUGCUCUCAUCCAAGUGCCCCUCAUGCUCUUCUUCAAGCCCUUCUACCUCCGCCGUGAGAACGAACGGGCGCGUGCCCAAGGGUACCGCGGCCUCAGUGAACCCGCCCGCGUCAGCGCGCUAGAAGACGACAAUGGUCGCGACAGCAUGGCCAGCGAAGGCGACGGCACCAACGAAGGCACCGCCAUGAUCGCGCAGGACCUCGACGCCGACGACGAGGAACACGAAGAAUUCGACUUCUCCGAAGUCAUGAUCCACCAAGUCAUCCACACCAUCGAAUUCUGCCUAAACUGCAUCUCCCACACAGCUUCCUACCUGCGUCUCUGGGCCCUGUCCCUCGCACAUCAGCAACUCUCCAUCGUCCUCUGGGACAUGACCAUCGGCGGCGCGUUCGAGCAGGAAGACCCCACGACGAGAAUCAUUAUGAUCGUGGUUACGUUCUUUAUGUGGUUUACGCUGACGAUUGCCAUUCUGUGUGUUAUGGAGGGAACCAGUGCGAUGUUGCACUCGCUGCGUUUGCACUGGGUUGAGGCUAUGAGUAAGCAUUUCCAUGGUGAGGGCAUUCCGUUUGUGCCGUUUAGUUUUAAGGCGUUGCUUGAGGAGGAGCCGGUCGACUGA